AUGGCUUUCAAAUUCGUACUCUGUUUUGCUGCCUUCCUUGCUGUGGCCAACGCUGGUGCUAUCCUAUCGCACGUUGCCGUAGCUCCUGUUGCCGUCGCUAAGAUUGCUAAUCCCUCAGUAGACGCUGUCGCUACCACCCAUCAAAAUGUGGUGCGCUCUUUCGCUGGAACCGGCUCACAUCACUCCAAGGCUGUGGACACACCAUACUCCAGCGUUCGCCAAUCGGACACACGCAUCAACAACAAAGUCUAUGCACCAGCUGUCGCUAAAACUAUUACCACUUAUGCCGCUCCUGUAGCUAAAGUAUUUGCCGCUCCUGUUCCCACCGUUGCUACUUACGCCACCGCUGCCGCUCCAUUGGUUAGCAAGUCUCUAGUUGCUCCAGUGGCCAAGGUCGCACCAGUUGUGUACUCACAUCCAGCGGCGCCAGCGGUUUACAGUCAUGUUGCUGCUGCUCCAGCUGUUGCCUAUUCACCAGCUGUGGCUGUUGCGCAUGUUGCCUUUGAUGGUUUCGGUACUCACUGGGGGUAUUAA